CAACAAAAGCACGUGAUUCUCAAACGCACCCCCACCCCCAUAUUUGGCCGCAUACAUAGCAAAAACCAAGUACAGUGCAUUGCUAUAAUUCAUUAAUACAUCAUAAAUCGUGAAGCACAGCGUUAUAACGACCAAGAUCUACAAAUCAAGCCCUCUAAAACAACCUAAAUGAGCUCUUACUUUGUAAACUCGUUCUCAGGGCGCUACCCAAAUGGCCCCGACUAUCAGUUACUAAAUUAUGGAACUAGCAGCAGCGCUAUGAACGCCUCGUACAGGGACUCCGGCACCAUGCAUUCAGGCUCGUACGGCUACAACUACAAUGGGAUGGACCUGACCGUCAAUCGUUCAUCCAAUACGGGCCACUUUGGGGCUGUUGGGGAUAACUCACGGGGUUUCCAGUCUCCCGCUCCGGAGACACGGUUCAGGCAGCCGUCAAGCUGCUCGCUGGCGUCCCCGGAGCCGCUGCCGUGCUCCAACAGCGAGAGUCUGGGACCCAAAUGCUCCUCGCCCCCUUCCGACCAGAGCGCCUGCACGACGGGCAGUAACCUCACCAACACCACACAUUUCACUGAAAUAGACGAGGUGAGCGCUUCCUCCGAGACCGAGGAGGGCACCCAUAGAGCCAGCGCCAACCCCGCCGCCCGGACGCAGCAGAAGCAAGAGUCCACAGCAACCUCCACCACCACGGCAUCGAGCGAUGGCCAAGCACCACAGAUAUUCCCUUGGAUGCGGAAACUGCACAUUAGCCAUGAUAUGACUGGACCGGACGGCAAAAGGGCCCGAACAGCAUACACUCGCUAUCAGACGCUAGAGCUGGAAAAGGAGUUCCACUUCAAUAGGUACCUUACCCGGAGGAGGAGAAUAGAGAUAGCCCACGCGCUGUGCCUCUCAGAACGGCAAAUAAAGAUCUGGUUCCAAAACCGAAGGAUGAAAUGGAAAAAGGACAAUAAACUGAAGAGCAUGAGUCUGGCUACUGCAGGUAACGCUUUCCAGCCAUAGACGUCACGCAAGUAAAUAAUACAAUACGAGGGGUGAAAAGAAUACACACAUUCAAAAUAGUUUUUAAAAACACUAUAACUGAGUACUGUACAGCGCGGCAUCUUUUCGCAUGUUGUUGAUGUUUUAGGGCAACUUAACUUAUACUGUGGUACUGCUUCUAUAAAAAACAGUUCAUAUUCAUAUUCAUAUGUUGUUGUCUUUUUAAUACAACGGUGAUUAUUGUUUGGAGGGGGGAAAAAAGAAAAAUAGCUAUCAAUGCCGCCCGUUGUUAUUGUUAUAAAUAUCGUUUAUGUGUCAAGUGCUAUGUUACUGCUUUCUUGAAAGUUGGCAUGUGAGCUCUUAAAUGUUAUAACUUAUUUACAAACUAUAACGAACAUACUUUACGAGUUUACAUCUUUAGAGACUCCUCUGCCCAAACAUGAAGUUAAGCUAUUUUAGACAGGCCCCUGUAUUGCUUUAGCAGGAGUCACGGUGUGUUAUAUAUGAUCACCUUCAUGUUUUCAUACCAUUGUUUGAAUCAUUUCUAUGGAUUAUUGUGUCAUGUGUUUAAAUUACUCAUUUAUUUUUUGAAAAAAGGGAAACUUGUAUAUACAAAAUCGUGACUAGAAUUCCCGUAUCCGUUCAUACGUGUGUAUAGUUAUAUUCCAAAUGUAAUUGUAUAUUAUUGGAUCAUGCUUAUGUUCCAGAAAGGAUGUAUAUAUUAGACAUUUUUCAUGUGACCAAUUGGCUAUUUGUAUUGGGUAGAGUGAAUGACAAGUGUGUGGGGGAAAAUGACAAUUGUCAUAUCGGACUGCCUGUAAGCAUUCUGCCAAUAAGCUUUUUGUAUUUGUUUGUAGCUUACCUUGGAGUACAAAAUAAAGUUCCUCAUACUCAGACCAAA